AUGGUUUUAGGUGCAGACACGACGGCCUAUUCUUAUUCUUAUGUUACUGUUAAUUUAACUGCAACUUACGGAAGCGAUGAAAUAUAUCCUUUAGAGAAGGGAUCUGUAAAAUUUACUGAAAAAAGUUGCAUUUAUGACAAAUUUGUUGAAAUCGCUGGAAAUUCUUUUAAUUUGGAAAUAAGAAAUAAGAAUUCUUACUUUAUUUGCAAUUUUACUAUUAGUUUGACUGAUUAUCCAUCAGUCACUGAAAAUCAUGGGUGUUUGUUUCGCCAGGGAUUGCCCCGAAAGUUCAUAUCAUAG